AAUAAGCUCCUGCCAAACACGCAUUCCACGCAACACUCACACAAGUCAAGACAAGCUGUCAAUCUGUCAAUCUCUUUCUUUCGCCGAGUUUGUUGUUUCUUUCUUUCUUUUCAUCUCUCUUCUGCUGUGCCUCUCAAGAUGGCCCAAGCCCCCCUUCCACCCACCGUCAUCGCCCAAAAACAAUCUUUCCUCGCUACUCAGGCUCGUCUGCUCUCCCAACCCCUGCAACCCUCUCGUGCCUGGCUCGCCGCCAACGAGGCCGCCGAGUCCUCCAUCCCGGACCCCGUCGUCGAGCACGUCGCCGCCCGCCUCAACACGACCUUGCUGCAGCACUCGCGACGCGCCUACUCUCACCAAGCGAGCCGUCACGUCGCCGAGCAAAUUGACGCGUUGUACCUAUCUCAACUGUCGGCCGCGCGAAAUGACCCCUCCGAGGGUCUAUCCCUCUCUUUGGACCUGUCCGAAGAGACUGCCGUAAGGUCGCUUCCCUUGGCAUGGCCAGCCGAGCGUGAUGCAACUAGCUUUCCUAUGGAAGUCAAAAGGUACGCUGAAGUCGCUGGCCGCUUGAAAGAGCUCGCCGAGAAGAGGCAGCAAACCAGAGCACGUGUUGAACGGCUACGGCGCAUGAAGGCACUACUCGAUCCCUUCCGCACCGGAGAUGCCGGCGCGGGUGUGCAAGAGAAUCUCGUCACCCGCGAUGGCGAGAUUGAAAAGGAGAUGGAGAAGAUGCGUGCCCUACUGGCUCGUGUAGGUGGUCGUGUAGGACUCCUACCCGAGGCCACCGAGUCUGCAGACCUGCUCAGAGCGGACAAUUCCUUGAUUGUAGAGCCUGUGGCUACAGGAGAGAAGCGCAAACUCGACGAUCUUCUCGACAGCUUCUGAAUGACCACAUUAAGAGGUCCAAAUUGACAUUCAAAGCGCACCUGUGGGAAAGCAACGGUAGGGUAGCUCAGGCAAAAGGAUUUUGUAUUCAAGUUGUAAAGUGGCGUUAGGUUCUAGGUUUUAAGGAUACCCCCGGAUUUAUGAAAACUACUUUUUUUCUCUGUAAUCCCGGCACGUUCAAUCUGAGACGUAUAUCAAGCUUGAAAGCCGAACGUGUAUCCCAAGGAAUCAGCGCCAGGGGUCGCUCUCCUUCUCUUGCUAGCAUCAGAGCGAGACAGCUUUGAAGCAUCGCUGAGGUCCUCACUGGUAGGCCGAAUGCUCUUCUUUCUCUGUUUGAUUUCUCCUUCAAGCGUGGCAUCUUUGGCACUGUCAUCCACAUCCAGACCUUUUGACUUCUUGUCACCCGGCUCUGAGGUUUUUGGAACUGCCUCCUCUUGGGGAUAUAAGCUUGGCCUCACAACCCGAAGGUUGCUAAUAACUUCUUCUUGAUCUUCAUCCGAUACCUUGGAGUACACUCGAAGUCCCACUACAGCCACAGCGUUCCAUGGAUCUCUCUCAAACUCGUCUUGUUCCUCGGCAGGCGCACCAGGGGGUGGCUGCGGCGGCAGACGGUCUGUACUGGGCUCCCGCUUUUCAACAGCGUCAAUUUCAAGCUCCAAUUCCCGCUCAGAAAGUUCCGACAUGGAUGAUAUACUUGCAAUGUCAUCGUCGUCUGACUCGCAUGGGUAAGGUGCGGAAUACUCCGAUGGGGGUGCUGCUUCACUCAUCGCCUCCUCGACAUCUUGAAGGGUAGCCUCCUGCACCUCGUUCCUGACUUUGACUACCUCGCGC